AUGGCUCCGCCCUACAGCAACGGCUACGCCUACAAGGGGUCAAAGAAGCCUGCAUUCGCGUCUGCAUCUCUCCCGUUCCAACACUACAAUGACGACGAUUUCCGCGCCCGCUUGAGACCGUUGCUCGCGGCCCUACACCGACUACUGAGAACACUUUGGGCCUUUUGGCAAACCCGCGGUCGACGAUUGGCGGUCGGCAUAAUGUGUCAGGCAGGCAGGCGGCUGAGGCAGAAUCUCACUGCGCGCCGCCUUCUGAGCUUUCCGCACCUGCUGGUGUGUCUCUGGCUCCUCGUGCUCCUCUGGGGCGAGGGCUGGGUUUUUAAGAGUCGAGUUGCAGAAUGUAAAUGGAGCAACUGGGAGAACUGGCCGGCCGGAUCGAGCCCACAUCACCUCGUCCUCGUCGCUGACCCCCAAAUCAUCGAUCCCAAAUCCUACCCCGGUCGCCCAUGGCCCUUGGAAGACCUGACGGUCCUGAUCACCGACAACUACAUGCGCAGAGGCUACCGGCAGCUCCAAUCGCAGCUGCGGCCCGACUCCCUCUUCUUUCUGGGCGACCUCUUUGACGGUGGGCGAGAGUGGAAGACCGGGCACAGCGACUUCAAGGACCCCGAAUGGGCUGUCAACCGACGACCGAAGAACGAGAAGGUUCACGUCAAGAGCUGGAACGAUCACUAUGGCCAAAAGUACUGGUUAAAGGAAUACGGGCGCUUUAGCGAUAUCUUCGUCAAAAGCUGGGGGCUGGGCGGCACCAAUGCCGGCGACUGGCAGAGAGGGCGCAGGUUGGUGGCGAGCUUGCCAGGGAACCACGACCUUGGCUUCGGAGACCAAGUCAAGGGGUCUGUGAGAGAUCGCUUCAACACAUAUUUUGGGGACGUGAACCGUGUCGAUGUCAUCGGCAACCACUCCAUCGUCUCUGUCGAUACCUUGUCGCUGAGCGCGGUCUCGUCGAGGCAAGCCGAGGUCGAUUUGAAGGCGAUCCACACGCCAGCAGACGUCUUCUUGAAAGACGUCCGAUUCGCCAAGAGGAAAGCCGUGGAGCGAGAGCUACGUUUCUGGAGGGGCGAGGUAGAAGUGGAAGCUCUUGACCACAUCGUGGAGGAGUUGGAAACAGCAGGCGUCAAGGUGCCAACUAUUGCGCCGGGUGAAGAAGGUCCCGACUUUCCCACGGUCCUGCUCACUCAUGUUCCCUUAUAUCGAGACCCAGGCACGCCUUGCGGACCGCAACGAGAGCAUUGGCCCCCUACGAAGCCACCGAAGGGGGAGAAAGCACCUAUCAUGGACCAUCGAAACGCAAUCUCUGUCUCGGGCGGUUAUCAGUACCAGAACGUGCUGAACGAGGACGAGUCUGUGAAGCUUGUGAAGAGCGUCGGCAACAUCGUUGGGGUGUUUUCAGGCGACGACCACGACUACUGCGAAGUCGUCCACUCCCCGGAGAAGGACAAUGUUCGUGAAAUUACCGUCAAGAGUAUGAGCAUGGCCAUGGGAGUGCCUACGCCUGGCUUCCUCAUGGUCAGUCUGUACAACCCGGUCGACACUAACGGAAAGCCCCUUCCUGGUGCCCCGGCAAAAACGUUGCAAACUCACCUUUGCCUGCUUCCGAACCAGCUCGCGACAUACGCGAAGUAUGCCGGGCUUGCCUUUGUCACCAUCGUUGCGAUUAGCAUAAGAUCGUUCCUCGUGCCAGUCCUCAAUUUGACGCCCUUUGCCCUGCAUGACGAGCAGCCGCAGGGUGCCUUACUGCCGACUAUUAAGGACAAGGUGGAGGAUGACGGCAUUUACAGCAUGCACUCGACGUCGGCAACGUCUGGCUCUCGAUUCCUCACAGGCUCGUCAUCCCGGACUAGGAGCGGAUCCAUCCGCUCCAAUGGUUCUGCCCCCAUGCCGCCGCCGAGGACCAAGUUGAAGAAGCAGGGUUGGGGAGCACAGCACCGCGCGCCACGGAUCGAAAUUUUCCCAGACGACUAUGGAACCGGGAUGCCGCGGUUGACGUGGAAGGCGGCGUCCCAACGAUCGAGGACGACAAUCGGGCGCGUGGCCCGCGAGAUUGGCGCUUCGACGUGGAGAGUUGUGUGGAUGGUUGUCUUGUUUUGGGCCUAUCUUGCAUAUAAAGGGUAG